AUGAUAGUGUUAGCCUCUAGUGAAGAAGAGAGAAGCGUGAAGCAGAUGCAGACUCUGUCAGCUUGCAAGACAUUGGCUCAACUGUUCACUGCGAAUGAGAAGGCUGUGUGGUCUGAGAUCUACUCGAUUGGGAUGAGUCCGUGUUAUGCAUCCUUGGUCAUUGUAGCGUCUCACAAUGGAUGCCUUCGACUCAUAGCAACCAUGUGUCUGAGCCACGAGCUAAGCUUAUCUACAAGCUAUCCUCAGGAGUCGAGUUGA